CCUGUGUAAGCAGGUGAGUCUGGCACCAGUGAGAACUGCAGAGCACUGGAGAAAGGCAGAACCCUGUAUCACUUAAAAAUUUAUGGGCUUUUUUUUCUGUUCCACUUUCUGGAAAGCUGCCUCAGGUGGUGCUGAUGGUGCUUUGUGUCAGCUGCUAUGUGUUGUUUUCCGUGUUCUAGGAAUCACUGCUUGGUAGCCUUUGUAGCUGCCAGGUAAGGUUCUCACUUGGUGAAGGCAGAUUAGUUAAUUGAGUGAGCUAAUAUGUUGCUCCUGCUAGAAAAUGGGUUUAUAGCAAAGAUGGGGUAAAGAGAAACCCUUACUUGUUUCAAAAGCCUUUUUUUGAGAAAUUAAGCUUGUUUUCUGUUCAGUUCCGUAAACUCCAUGCAAGUUACAGUGCCCAAGAUCCAGCUGUGCUUUUUUUAUUGUUCCAGGUUCCUUUUUAUUCCCUGGUCUUGUCUCUGUACGAGAGGAGGGAGACGGGAAGAAUAUCCAAGACUCUUAUUAUUUAUGAUCUGCUUGUUAAAUAUGGAUUUUAACCUGCGUCUGUUAAUGUUUAAUCUGGUUCCACAUAUAACUUUGGUGAAAAUUAUGGUGAAGUUGGCUGCAGUUCUUGGGGUGAAUCACUGUCAGCUCCUGCUAACUGUGCACCUCAUGUAGCAAUAAUUGUCUGUAAGCAGCUUUAAACAACACCUUUAAGUUAUUCCAGCUGCCUCCUGAAGGCUGGGGAGAUGAUGACAGUCCAGCUGUUUGCUCUUUACUCAGCCUAGUCAUUGCCUCUUCUCGUUUGUUUUACUUAAAUUAGGAAACAAUUCUAACAUAUUCAGUUAGGUAAUUCAAAUUGUGUCACUCCGGCGUGCACUGGAGUUAAAAAAAUCUGAGAUUGUGCCUGUAAUAGGGGUUUUUGAAAGCCAUCAAGGCAGGACGUGAACUGCAGCGGAGCUGCAGGUCUGAAGCUGCAAAGUCAAAUUCUUCGACUAGAAAAUGUGAGGUAUUUCAGUGGUUCCUGUCAGUUCAGUUUGCUCCUGUUGGGAUGUAGGGUCUGCUGGGAUCUCUAAUUACAAGCUAACGUAGGGCAGGUCAGUAUGCAUCUGACCGGCCUCCCGAUGGCUUUAGAAAGCCUCGUGGCUGCAGGGGCUGUGUAGUUACUGCCCUCCUGAACAGAAUGGCAGUGUUGUCUGUGCUGUUCAGCUUUACUGGCUCCACUGGGCACUGCUUUGAAAACAAAACAGAAAUGCAUUUUAGUGGUAGUUCCUUCCCUAUGCAAGGAUUGAUGUGAAGGGUUUGAGGCCUUGAAAAGACAGGAGAGAUGUACAGCAGCAGUCAGUGCUCUUUCCAGCACCAGCCUUGCUUCUCGAGUACAUUAAAAGCAAAGAACUCUGCUACUCUAUGAACCUCCUCUACUCUGCUCUGGUGAUACCCCACAUGGAGCACUGCACUGGGUUCUGGAGUCCUCAGUACAGGAAGGACAUGGAGCUGUUGGAGCGAUCCAGAGGAGGCCAUGGAGAUGAUCCGAGGGCUGAAGCACCUUCUGUACAAGGACAGGCUGAGAGUUGGGGUUGUUCAGCGUGGAGAAGAGAAGGCUGUGGGGAGACCUUGAGCAGCUUCCGUUAAGCAAGUACCUUUGUUCACGUGGUGUGGCCCUCGGAACAGGCAGCUGGUUGUCACCGAAGCUGCAGCAAUGGCUGGGACCUUCUGCUCCCCCUCUGAGCCCUCCUGCCAACCUCUGUGGAAUGGGAACCACUGCCUGGAACACACCCACACUUGCUGCAAAUAUUCCUUCAGGAGAGCUCUCUGCAGCCUCUCCAGCUCGCUUUGUUUCCAGGGUGGACCAUUAGCAGAGCAGAGCUUGGAAGUCUUGGGCUGAAGACUGGCAAGAUAAGUCUGGCGCCCUGUUCCCUGUAUAGAAAUCCCAGCUUGCUUUAUUUUGGCUGGGUCUAGUGAUGUUCCCUGGGGAACAGCAGCACCAGAUUAGUCAUAAUUAUCACUAACUGUGUGUUUAAAAAGACAUCUAAGACCCAAUUUCUUGGUUUUUUUUUUAGAGCACUUUGCAUCACUGUGCUUGUAACCUACCCAGUUAUGGCUCCCGUUGGCUUGAGUGGCUGUUGUCUCGCACUUGGCAUGUUUGUUACAGGCCUUGCUAUGCAAGUUAGCUCCUGAAAUACAGGAGCAGUAUCCAGUUAACUUGGACUAGUCUUCGGCUGGGGAUUUUGCCUGGCAUCUUGUAGGAACUGGGAUGUGAUGGGGGAGGUAGAAGCUGGGGCUCUGCAGGAGAGCUGGCUGCGAUACUGAGGCUGUUCCGGCUCUAUCCCCUUUUGGCAAGGGGACAGUGGGUUCCUCUCUGCACCCAUCCUGUGCUGCACAUUUCCAGUUCCCUUGUGGAGACGGGCUAUGCUGCAUGCUUUUGAAGCAUUGGUCUGGGGAGAGGAGUAGUAGGUGCUUGUGCAUUCAAAGGUUGCUUGGUUAUAUAUGGAGAACAGAGACCGUCCUGGAUUUCCUGGUGCCAAUUCGUGUAUCUUGGUCAGUGGUGGAGUUAACACUGCACUGGUCAUCAGCAAGACCCAGUUUCCAUGUUUACUUCAAAACCUUUGUUACUUUUGAGGCAAUAGAAAUGCUGACGGCAAUGUAGACCAAUGGGGGUUUAUUCAAGCAAGUAAACUGGUCUCUCUGUGCUGCUGAGUUUUAUCCGUAUUUGCUUCCGGAGGGUUGUGGAUGCAGAGCUGAGCUUUGUAGGAGCAGUGCUAGGCAUGUGCCCUUCUGCUGUGGCUUCCUUGUGUUGCAAACCAUCUCUCUAGUCCCCUUUCUUCCCACUCCACACUUUCUUAAACUGUCAUUAUCUAAUCCAUUUAAAAAAUAUUUCUAAUGUGGUCUCAGUCUCCUCUCCUCUCUUUCUCCCCUUGCACAGUUUGCUCGGAGCCUUCUGUCUCCUCCCAGAUUCCUCACAUGUAUCCCAUUUCUUGUUGGCACUCUGUCCUAGUUUGAGUCUAAGGACCUGAACUCCUUCCCUGGCUCUGACUGCUGCUCCACUCCAUCCUUCUGGGGUCCCACUUGCAGCUCACAGGAUUCCCAGUUUGCUUUCCCAGACCCUCUGGUAGCCUUCGAAAAAUCCAAAGUAGCUUUUCCCUCUUCAGGGCAUUUUGGUAGACUCCAUAGUUUCAUAGAAUCACCAGGUUGGAAAAGACCUCUUGGAUCAUCAAGUCCCACCAUUCCUAUCUGCUACUAAACCAUGUCCCUGAGCACCUUGUCUACCCGUCUUUUUAAACACCUCCAGGGAUGGUGUCUCCACCCCCUCCCUGGGCAGCCUCUGCCAGUGCCCAAUGACCCUUUCUGUGAAAAAUUUUUUCCUGAUGUCCAGUCUGACCCUCCCCUGGCACAGCUUGAGGCCAUUCCCCCUUGUCCUGUCCCCUGUCACUUGGGAGAAGAGGCCAGCAUUCACCUCUCUACAACCUCCUUUCAGGUAGUUGUAGAGAGCAAUAAGGUCUCCCCUCAGCCUCCUCUUCUCCAGGCUAAACAACCCCAAUUCCCUCAUCCGCUCCUCAUAAGUCUUGUUCUCCAGCUUUGUUGCACUUCUCUGGACACGCUCCAGAGCCUCAAUGUCCUUCUUGCAGCGAAGGGCCCAGAACUGAACACAGGAUUCGAGGUGCAGCCUCACCAGUGCCGAGUGCAGGGGCAGAAUCACCUCCCUGGACCUGCUGGCCAUGCCAGUUCUGAUCCAAGCCAAGAUUCCACUGACCUUCUUGGCCAUCUGGGCCACUGCUGGCUUAUGUUCAGUUGGCUGUCAAUCAAAUUUAUUGGCUUUUGGGGAGUGGGGGGUCCUCUCCCAAAGAGGAAUUUUAUUCCUCUUGCCUUCAGAGAGGAGAGCUUCUCCCUCUUCUCCAAAACCCCAGCAGACUCCCUGGCAGGGGCUCCACACUUCCUGUGCCACUUGCCGUUCCAGGAGGAAUGGCUUUACCUAGGAGCCGGUGCACGGGCUGCGUGGGUGCUGUGUGCAGCCUCUCCAGGGGAAUUGUGUUCUUGGAAUUCUAGGAAGUUUUGGGGCGUAUGUGAGUAUGUUUCUUUCCACCAAGGUGUGCGAUUUACCUGUAUCUGGAUGGAUUUUGACAAAAAAAGCGAAAGACGCUGUUUGUCAUUGAAAAUAAUUUCCCUGCUCCCCUUGAUAAUGUGAGAGAUUUGUAAAGAGAGGGGGAAAAGUGAGUAUUUUCAAACUUGGGAAGAUUGUAUCUCUUCAAAAUUAGAUGAGCCCUUUUGAACUGAAAUUUUCAGCAAAUGCUGAGCUGGAAGCAGCAUCCAAAGUUGGUAAAGUUGUAGUUAUGGUGAAGCAUCCGAAACUUGGGUGAAGUUGUAGGUGCCUGUUGGAAUGGUCUCCUAGCAGGAAACGCUGGGUAACCCUCAACCAGUGCUGUUGGUUUUGCAUUGUCCUUGAGUCCUGCCUGUGUCCGCUCCGUGCCGUGUAAUUCAUCACAGCAUGGGAGACACCAAAACCUGUUUGAGCCUUUUGUUUGAGGUGGGAUGGAGAUGGCCACAAGAAGUGAGGCGGAAACUCAUCCAGGCAUAAUGGUACUUGACAGUGAACUUGAUACAUCAUGAAAUGGAGAAGGGAGAGGUGAAAAGAAGGUAGAAUGGGAAAUGAAAGCUGUUAAAGGCAAUAGGGAAGAACCACAGUAGGACUUGUGGCGCAGCUGUCCUCUGUGCCUGUGGUCCUGCCUUGAUUUUGGGUCAGUUUCCAUCAAUGUCUCUUGGUCAUGUGUGGGGUAAUCAUGAGCUUUCUGUGUGUACGCACAAUUAGAGAGGAAGAACUAUUUGCAGACGUGGUGAAGCCUCGGUCCUGUUGCUUGUUAGGAGACUUUUCUUCAUAAAUAACAAACUCUGUGACUUCACACCAAUGCCAGAGCUGCAGAAGCGUGUCUUGAUAGAAUUUCCUAUUAAAAUAAUAAAACAGUGUUAGCAUCUUUCAGGUCUGCUCAGUGGAACACAAUAAUUACAUGGAUACUCUUGCAGUAACUGGAGUAGUCAGCUGGGGAAUUUCCUUUGCAAUACGCUUAGAGUUAAAAUAUACCAUGAUUGUCCUUUGAUCCAUCUAAUUUGUAAUGAAAAUAACCUCCUGGAACAAGUCUCUCCUGGGAGCUGAAACACCUGAAGGAGCUGGUCUGCUGGCAACCCAAGUUUUGCUACAACUUUUGGUGCCACCGGACAGCAGCCUGGAAUGCAGGGCAUCUGCUGCGAUUAGGAUGGGUCUUUGCUUUUUAGCUAUGGAGUCUUGUUCAUCACUGGCCUUCAAGUUGAUUUUGUC